AUGAAGUGCUGGGCUCUUUUGUCGGUCCUGGCCCUCCUGACGGCCAUGGCCACCAUGGCCGAUGGAUGCAGCUGCUCCAAGCGUCAUCCACAAGAGCACUACUGUUCGGCUGAUUUUGUUGUUCUAGCUCACGUGAAGCGCAUCGUGCACGACAGAUCCGAAUGGUCGCGUGCCUACAAGGUCCGCAUCAAGAAGGAGUUCAAGGUGACCGAGUCGGGCCGUCAAGCCUUGUCCUACGGACGCAUCCUGACGCCAUCGCACGACGCUUCCUGCGGCAUCAGACUCAAGCCGGGUAAGCGCUACCUGUUGACGGGCAACAUCCGUUCCGGCAAACCCUGGAUCAACUUGUGCAACUUUGUCCACGAUUGGGACCGCAUGACACCCAUCCAGCGCAAAGGUUUCCGGCGUCUCUACCAGCGCGGAUGCGACUGCAAGGUCAUGGAAUGUCAUUGGUGGGGUAAGUGUCCGUCAACAACUCAAGCCUGCACAUGGGACACGGCGUUCGACUGGCACGAUUGUCAAUCCAUGCACGCCAUUUGCACGCGCGGUAACGGCGGUGGUGGCAGCGGCACAUGUCGCUGGUCGCAUUCAAGAUCGUACCGACAAUGCAGUAAGAAACGGAACGGCGCCGAUGCAAAGAAUCCCGACGCUCCAGCCCGAACGGCACCGAUUUCAGCCGUUGCCACCUCGUCGUCUCGGCGAUGGAAAAACAAUUUACUACUCAAGUCUUGAAAGGAGCAAAAUACGCCGAUAUGUACGCAACCAGGACUCGCUCCAUGUACGAUUUCUCUGAUGAUAUCUUUUUGAUCCAGUGCUGCCAAAUUCCUCCGACUGCCUCCUUUUUUCAACUCGUUUUUUUUUUCUCCCGACUCCCAGCACCGAAUCUAAUUUCCUCCCAGUUGGCAGCCAUUGUGCCCUACUGUACAGACACAUCCGCCCCCCCCCCUCUCACGCACAGUUUCACCGCACUAUUUAUAUACAUAUUAUAUAUAUACAUAUAUAUACAUAACAUUGUUGUAUAGUAGGGUAUUUUAUCGUCUGUCUCUCAAUUGUUCCGCGUGUCUCAACUGGAUCGUUUCAAUUAUGUACAAUUCUUUUCCCUUUGUUUUUCUUUCGUUCUUUCUCUUUUUGUUGUUGUUUUCUUUUCUUGUUGUCGUUCGAAUGAUGAACUAACAGGAUAUGUGUGUUUGUAUAUGAACUAUUUGUGUGCGUGUUUGUGUUGCGUCGCGGCCAACGCGAUACAUCUUUUGUAAACGAUCCUUGAACUACAGCAGCGUAUUUCUGUGAAAAGAAAAUAAUGCCUCCGUGCAACACGAUGGGAAGAAACGAAAAGAGAUAACAAACGCCGAAAUUACUUAACAAUAAAGAAACAAAACAAAGUGUAAACACUCCCCCCCCCCCUCUCAUCGUCCCAAGUGUUUUUUUUUUCUCGUCCUAAUUUCAAGCGAGUGUGAAAUGUUUUCUCGAAUUGCAUAACUUUUUAAAAGAAACUCAUGGAUUCAUGGUUCCGCUGACGUGAUGCUAACAUGUAACGUUUGUUGUCUUACUUGUCCUGAAUUUGGCCAUUGCGUCACACACUAUACUGUACAAAAAUUACGAAUAUCAAAGAGGAAAAAUAAUAACAUAACGACCACAAUAUGCGAAACAAAAAUAAACGAAUGGAAAAA